AUUUUUAAUGGCGUCACGUGAUAACCUCUUCGCUAGUUUAGGAUUUCGCCCAGUGGUCUGCACAGCAGGCCUGACUGCGACAGCAGUGGGCGCUGUUUUUCUGUUUUCCAGGUGGCGGAAGGAGACUGCCGAGAUCGGCACCCAGACGGACUGGGAAACGGCUGACGCUGGGACCCAAGCCGGCUGGGAAACGGCUGAGGCUUCGACCCAAGCCGGAUGGGAAACGGCUGAUGCUGGGACCCAGGCCAAAUGGGAAACGGUGGAGGCUGGCAUCCAGGCAGAGUGUCAGAGGGCUGAGGCAGGUGUCCAGGCGGUACAGGAGACGGCUGUCUCUGCAACCCAGGCUGUGUGGGAAACCGCGGAGGUCGGAACUCAGCCUGACUGGACAGAUGGAUUCAUCCUUGUGGACACUGUCGCACCCCAGGUGGUCACUCUGGAUGGUGUGGAUGGACAGCUGCAGCCGUCUGGGUGGGACGUCCAGACCCUGCUUCGUUACACCAUGGUGUACAGAUCGUCCACCCUGUUCUUCUGCGGUCCUGUGAUGGUUGGAGAGAGGCGGUGCUCAGGGGAGACAGCGGAGGGAUCUCUGAGGACGCAGUUCUGGUUCACCGCUGAUGAGAACUGUGUGCUUGAUGCAGAGGGCAACCGUGACACCUACACCACCAUUGAUGCUGCAACUAUCAUCGAGUGGCGCUGUGGUGAGGUGUGUCCGUGCCGUGUCUCACCAUAAGCAAGAGUCCAAGUUGUUGGUUCUCAUGGAUGGAGUUCCGGUCAUCCAGACAUCCAAGACCUGCAAGCGGGUGACCUUGUCUGCCAACGGAUCACUG